UACAUAGUAUGUGUUAUAAUCAGGUAUACACUUAUACAGUUUUGAUCACAAACACAAUCACUGUAAGAGCGUAACGUGAUUACAUGAAUUUGACUUAUUACUUGAUUACCUUUUUUUUGGCAUUGCUUUUCCCCAAGUUGUAUUAGAAUAGAUAAAUCCCAUAGCGAUUAAAUACGUAGUAGAGCAAGUUUUACAUACAUGUAUCAAUUUAAAAGUAUUAAACACAUGCAAAAGUUAGUUAAUAGUAGUCCGUAAGGCUGUUCGUACGUUUUUUGUCAUUUAGAAUUCGGAUUUUUUUGUGAUAUUAAAUUUUACUACCGAUUUUUGCUUAAAAUUUGUGCAGCGUUCAAUAUUAUUAAAUAGAUAAUUUAUUUGAUAUAAAAACUUUAAACUUGGUUGAAAUUUUUAAAAGAAUAUUCUUAAAAAUAAUUUUAAAAUGUCUCAGAAAGCUGAUAUUGCUUUGAUUGGUUUAGCUGUAAUGGGACAGAAUUUAAUAUUAAAUAUGGACUCCAAAGGUUUCAUUGUAUGUGCAUAUAAUAGAACAAUUGAAAAAGUAACACAGUUUCUUAACAAUGAAGCCAAGGGCUCGAAUGUUAUUGGAGCAACAUCAUUGCAAGAUAUGGUUUCAAAAUUAAGAAUACCUAGAAAAAUCAUGUUGUUAGUAAAAGCAGGGAGUGCCGUUGAUGAGUUUAUCAACAAUUUGAUUCCAUUAUUACAACCAGGAGAUAUAAUUAUUGAUGGUGGUAAUUCUGAAUAUCAAGAUACAGCAAGAAGGUGUAAUGAAUUAGAAGUUAAAGGUUUAUUAUAUGUGGGAUCAGGUGUUAGCGGUGGUGAGGAAGGUGCCCGUUAUGGACCAUCUUUAAUGCCUGGUGGACAUCAUGAAGCAUGGAAACAUAUUCAGCCAAUAUUUCAAAGUAUUUGUGCUAAGGCUGAUAAUGAACCUUGUUGCGAAUGGGUUGGUGAAGGUGGUGCUGGUCACUUUGUCAAAAUGGUUCAUAAUGGCAUCGAAUACGGAGAUAUGCAAUUGAUUUGUGAGGCUUAUGAUCUGAUGCGUAAUUUAGGAUUAACACAAUCAGAAAUGUCGAAACAGUUUGCUAGGUGGAAUUCCGAGGAACUAGAUUCAUUUCUAAUAGAAAUUACAAGAGAUAUAUUAAAUUAUAAAAACUCUGAAGGUGAACUGCUAUUAAGAAUUCGUGAUACAGCUGGUCAAAAAGGUACAGGAAAAUGGACUGCAAUUGCUGCUCUUCAAUAUGGUGUACCUGUAACGUUAAUUGGAGAAGCAGUUUUUUCUAGAUGCUUAUCUGCAUUGAAAAAUGAACGAGUUGAAGCAAGUAAACUAUUGAAAGGAGCAGCUACAAAACCUUCAGUAGCAAAUUUACAAAAUUUUUUGAAUCACAUUAAACACGCUCUCUACUGUGCAAAAAUUGUUUCAUAUGCCCAAGGUUUCAUGUUGAUGAGAGAAGCUGCAAAGGAGAACGGGUGGAACUUAAAUUAUGGUGGAAUUGCAUUAAUGUGGCGUGGUGGCUGUAUUAUUCGUAGUGCAUUUUUGGGAAAUAUUAAAGAAGCUUUCACGAGAAACCCGCAACUUUCUAAUUUAUUAUUAGACGGUUUUUUUAAAAAGGCUAUCGAAAGUGGCCAGGAAUCAUGGCGUCAAGUUGUUAGUCAUGCAUUUAUGUGGGGUAUUCCAGUUCCAGCUUUAUCAUCAGCUCUCUCAUUUUAUGACGGAUACAGAAGUGAAAAGCUUCCAGCUAAUUUAUUGCAAGCUCAAAGAGAUUUCUUUGGUGCACAUACUUAUGAAUUGCUUGGUCAGGAGGGCAAAUUUGUGCAUACGAAUUGGACCGGUACUGGUGGAAAUGUUUCAGCUUCAACCUAUGAUGCUUAAGCAAUAAAUCCAUUUCCUACAAUAUAUAAAAUUAUACUUUCUGAACAUGCAUACAUACAUACAUAUAUAAAUUGGUAUAAUAAGGGAUUAUGCGGUAGUUAUUUUAGGUGUGCAGGUCGUUUAUAUCCAAAAAGAAAAAAGUAAAUGUUUUGGAAUUGGAUUAAAAUUUUGUUAUAAUAUUAAAUUGUUAAAAUAUUUUUUAAGAAAUAAAUUUUGAUAUUUGAUAAUAGAAA